CUAAUAAAUGUAAGAAAGUUAAAAGUGGAAGGCAGACAUAGCAGUAGAGAAGGAGGGAGUGUGGUGUAUUAUUAAGGAGGGAUCAAAAAGGGAAAGAAAAUAAUAAAUGAAAGAUAAAAAGGUUGGGGGGUGGAUGAGAGAGAAGAAAGAAGGGAGGGGAAGGCAUAAAUAAAGGAAGAGAGAGAUGAAAAGCGAGGAAGAGGAAGCGGAAAAGGAGGAAAAAUUAGGAGAAAAGUUGAGGAGAGGGGUUUUGGUAGGGAAAAGCAGGGGACCCUCUACUCCAUUUCCCUCUUGGCUCUCCCUCACUCGCACUAACAAACACAUUCGGGACCAUUCUGUUUCCGCUAGGAAGCUCGCCGCAGCGCUCUGGGAAUUCAAUCACUCUUUCCCACUCUUUCAAAUGCAUCGUUCUGCUGCUAAUAACGCUCAGCCUUCUGCCGCCGCCGCUCCCGAUCCCAGACAUCGCCGCCACCAUUACAUCCUCCAUAAGGACAAGGCUCUCCACAUCUCCAACUUCCUCGCCGACGCAUCUCCCAGUUCCCCUGAUCAGCCAGCUAGCGCCAGCAGUUUGAGGAGGCAUAUUGCUGCAUCCUUGAUGCAACAGCGAGCAAUUGAGAGAAAUAAUCAUGCACUGCAACCUUUAUCUCCUGCAAGUUAUGGUAGUUCCAUGGAGAUGACACCCUAUAAUCCUGGAGCCACUCCUUCUAGUUCCUUGGAGUUUAAGGGAAGGAUUGGUGAGCCACAUUAUAGUCUCAAAACAUCUACGGAGCUUCUGAAAGUGCUAAACAGAAUAUGGAGCUUGGAAGAACAACAUGCUUCUAACAUUUCAUUGAUAAAAGCAUUAAAAUCAGAGCUAGAUCAUGCGCGUAUAAGGAUCAAAGAGUUGCUUCGAGACAGACAAGCAGAUCGACAUGAGGUUGAUGACCUGAUGAAGCAAAUUGCAGAGGAUAAAUUGGUUCGGAAGAGUAAGGAACAGGAUCGACUCCACGCUGCCGUGCAAUCUGUGAGGGAUGAACUUGAGGAUGAGAGGAAAUUAAGGAAACGGUCAGAGAGCAUACACCGGAAAUUAGCUCGAGAUCUCUCUGAAGUGAAGUCCUCUCUUUCUAGCGCUCUAAAAGAAUUGGAUCAAGAGAGAACAAGAAGAAAACUAUUGGAGGAUCUCUGUGAUGAAUUUGCUAGGGGAAUAAGUGAAUAUGAACGAGAGGUGCAUAGUCUGAAUCACAAGUCUGAUAAGGACUGGAUUCAAAGGGCUGAUCACGAUCGGUUGAUUCUUCACAUAUCUGAAUCGUGGCUGGAUGAACGUAUGCAAAUGCAGCUGGAAGCAGCUCAGAAUGGUUUUAUGGAUAAGUCCAUAAUUGACAAACUAAGCCUUGAAAUAGAGACUUUUCUUAGAGCUAAACAAAAUAGUCGAAGUACAGAAAAUAUAGUGGUAAGGAAUCGCCGUAAUUCCUUGGAAUCUGUACCACUGAACGAUGCUGUCAGUGCACCGCAGGUGGCGGGUGAUGACGAUGAUUCCGUGGGAAGUGAUUCAAAUUGUUUUGAGUUGAACAAGCCAAGCAACAAGGGAUCUAAGGUACACGAAGAAGAGGCUGUCGACAAAUAUUUUGAGGAGACAUUGAAAACCAACCACACGAAGAAAAAACCAAUACCACGAGAAGGGUUAAAACAUCGUAGCCCAUCUAGCUUGCAAGUGAAGUUUGAAGAACAGAUGGCGUGGGCUAUGUCAUCUGAUUCACAUAAGAAGUCCCAGUCAAUUGAUGCAGAUCAGGGGAAGACCACAGACACCAAGGCAGUUGAAGGAAGUUUAUCUGAAAAGUGCGAACACUUUGAGAUUAACGAAGAUGAUGAUUCUGAAAGAAAGAUGAACCCCACUGAAUUGCACAGCUCCAGUAAAAAUCACAUUAUUGAUAAUCUGAUAAGAGGUCAACUUAUGGCAUCUGAAGGUGGCAAUAUGCAUGCUGAGAAUAAUUAUGGCGAGGCUUCCUGCAGCAAUGCUGGAUGGAGGAAUCAGGCAAGCCCUGUGAAGCAGUGGAUGGCAAAACUUGGAUCCCAAGACCUAGACAUAUCGGACCCUUCAAAACUGCCUUCAGGGUCAAAGGAGAACAACACUUUGAAGGCGAAGCUUCUUGAAGCUAGGUCCAAGGGGCAGCGAUCGCGUUUAAAAGCCUUGAAAGGGUCCUUUUAGAGGUUUGGUUUAGCAUAAACAUUUAACAUGUUGGAGAAUUCAGUCUAAGGUAAUAAGUCGGUGAAGAAUUUGCAUGCUGGUCAUUGCACUUCCCUCGUCUUUUCCUUUCACGUGCAAUUUUUGCCUUGUUCAUAAUUUCAUUUUGUAUCUGUAACAUAAUUUCCUUUGGGGGUUCAUUUUCUAAAUGUUACUGUAGAUGUUGUCAUGUCAUGUAGCCAAAAAAAGAAUCAGGUCGACUUUUGAGAAGUGAAAAACAAAUAUACAAUUUUGGAUAGUUUUUUUUUGUAUUCUUCUCA